AUGACUUUAUCAUAUGUAUUAUUCCUAUGCUUUCAAAUUUGGAGUGAUAAAGCGGUGAUUCAAAUUGCAAAUGAGAAAUUAUCAUCUAUUGAAGUGCCAAACAUAGAAAUUUGUGGCUACGGAAGUGACAUAAAAAUUACUCGUUGUGAUUUCACGAAAAAAGAUUGGUCGAAAACGAUUAAUCCGGAUUGUAUACGACAGGACGAUGGUGUCUCAUACUUGUAUCAGAAACCUGUUGCUGAUCUAAGUUAUUGUUAUGUAUUUAUGAGUAACAAAUCACUUCUCUUCUCGGACGAGAGUAACGAUCUACGUCAGAUAAUUGUUUAUUUUAAGAUUUUGAAUUUGACCGGAGCUGAAAAAGCUUCGUUAAGUGUUCCGGCUGUAGCAGUUCAACUCUUAGAUCCAUCUUUUGAUCCACUUACUGGUAAAGUUCGUGAUAGUAAGAUGGGAAAAUCGGCUACAGAUAAUCUUCGGCUUCAAUUAAACAAUUUCGCGGGAAUUCAAAAUUUCUCAACAGUAGUUAAAAUGACAAAAUCAGUAUAUCGUGAAAUUCCAUCCGGAGAUUUUAAAAGUUUACUCGGCCUAAUUCCAAACUACAUAAAUAUUACGACCUUAACUGCCUACACACAAUAUUUUCCAUUACAUAAUAACCCUAAUUUCACUGACGACACAGACACUGGAUUUUUCCAAUUAACAGUUGGAAGUUAUUUACAGCAAGUUCAAACAGAAAAACGAGUACGAAACUUGUUUAGCGCUCUUGGAGUGGCUGGUGGCGGUUUUAGCGCUAUUUGUAUAAUAUAUAUCGUGUUGUUUGGUGAUAGAAAAACACGCCCAUGGGGUAUAAUGCACUAUCUAGUAAAAUCAGAAGUUGAACGAUUUGGUCGCAUGGACAAUGUACCACUUCUCUUCAAUGGAGACGGCAAAGAAAGCUCCCUGACUCCUGAAGAAAGAAUUGCACGGAUGGAAAAUCCUAAACAAUAUGAAAAAUCUGUUAUUUUUCUUGGCGCAUGUGAUUGCUUUUGUUUGGUUACACGGUUACAUAAAACUUCUAUUAGUGUUAGAGUUAUGACAAAGUGA